CCAUCUCUCUCUCCACUUGACUCGCUGAUAUAAAAUUUGUCUUUAAACAGUUCAAAUUUUUUUGAAUCUCUCUCUUUCUUUCUCUCGAAUAAUUUCUACUCUUUUACCCAUUUCCAUUCCCCAAAAAAAGAAUAGUCCUUUUUUUCGAGUUUUGAUUCUCAAAAGAAAAAAAAAAAAGAAAAACUUGAACAUUUUAUCCGAGAAAACUACUUUCUUGCCUAAAAUACAAUCAUUCUUCGAAUUUUCUUGGAGAAUCUUGCCUUCAGUUCACAAAUCCUUUGUGGGUUUUGUUCUCUGCGUCAAAAGAUUAAAAGGUUUUUUGACUUCUGUUGAGAUCAACAAAGAGAUGAUCAAGAACCGUUUUUACUUUCAAAUUUGAGUGAACAUGUCUGUAUUAUUCAUUUCCACCUUUGGGUUUGGUUUCGUUUUGGAGCUUGAUUAGGGUUUGUUUUAGAGCUUGCUGCAAAAGAACUGAUGAUGAUACUUCUAUGCAAAAUCAUAUUAAUAAGUGCUGGAGGAAGGGAAGCAAGAUUUAGAUUCAGAAGGGACAAAUGUAAAAAAAGAAAAAAUCCACAAAGGAAUUUUAAGAAUGCUGGUGCCUUUAACCGGAAGAGAAGUAUAGGAGCACGCCGAGGGGAAGAGUUUUAUUCGGAUUUCAUUAGAUAUAGUAAAAAGUUAUAAAAAGAUAUUGAGGAACUUCUUAAAUAUAGCUAUUUGUGGAGAAGAUAAUCGUAAUCCAGCUGUCGAUGGAUUUCAUACUGGCAAGCAUAUGUUAAAUAUCCAGCAGCUUACUUCAAAAAUAUUAGAGGUUGUUGUCUUAUUAGAAUAUAUGAAAGCAGGUUUUCAUUGCUCAUGCCUCUUCUGUGUGUUUAUCACCCAGGUGAAAGUGAUGCCUUAAGGUGACACUAUAGAACUGAGGAAAAAAUAUUUUAAAAAGAAUAAGGUGAUAUGGGGGCUAAAGAACGCCAAAAUGCUACAGAUUCACCUAAAGUGGAGGUGGGAGAGAUUGACACCAGUGCGCCCUUUCAAUCUGUUAAAGAUGCUGUGACGCUAUUUGGUGAAGGUGCUUUCUCAGGGGAAAAACCAGCCAUCAAGAAGACAAGACCUCAUUCUGCAGAGAGAGUUUUGGCAAAGGAGACACAGCUUCACCUGGCUCAGAAGGAGCUGAGCAAGUUAAAGGAUCAAGUGAAGAAUGCUGAAACAACUAAGGGCCAAGCACUUGUAGAACUUGAAAAGGCUAAAAGAACAGUUGAGGAUCUGUCUGCAAAACUAAGAACUGUCACUGAAUUGAAAGACACAGCAAUUAGGGCAACAGAAGCUGCAAAAAGCCAGGCAAAGCAAAUUGAAGAAACAAAGAGUGGUGAUGCUUCUGGAUCCAGUGGUGCUAGGAAGCAAGACUUGGAAUCUGCCAGGGAGCAAUAUAUAACUGUAUUUACUGAACUUGAUGCCGCAAAGCAAGAACUUUGGAAGAUUCGACAGGACUGUGAAGCAUCCUUGGAAGCAAAGCUUGCUGCCUUCAAUCAAGCUGCAGAAGCAGAACAUGCAGCCAAAGCAAAUGUGGAAAAAGUUAGUGAACUUUCUAAAGAAAUCUCAGCGCUACAAGAAUCAAUUGGGCAAGUGAAGCUUGCAUCUCUGCAAGCCCAGCAAGAGCAAGCAAAAAUAUUUGCAGAAAAGGGUGUUCAAAAGCAGUCCUAUAAAGCUACCCUGGAAGCAUCAGCAAAUAAAUUGCUUGCAUUGAAGAAUGAGUUUGAUCCUGAACUUGUCUUUAAUCUUGAGAAGCAACUGGCCGAAACAAUAACCGAGAUUGAUGCUCUGCAAAAGCAGAUGGAAAAUGCAAAGGCUUCAGAUCUGGAUUCUGUGAGAACUGUCACUUCAGAGCUAGAUGGUGCUAAAGAGUCAUUGCAGAAAGUAGCUGAGGAGGAAAGCUCCUUGCGAAGUUUGGUGGAAUCUCUCAAGCUGGAGCUCGAGAAUGUGAAGAAGGAGCAUUCUGAACUGAGAGAGAAAGAAGCAGAAACAGAGUCUGCAGCUGGGAACCUGCAUGUUAAGCUCCGGAAAAGCAAGGCUGAGCUUGAAGCAGCGGCUGCAGAGGAAUCUAAAACAAGAGGUGCUUCUGAAGAAAUGAUCUCAACUCUCCACCAGCUAUCAUCAGAAGCAGAGAAUGCACAACAAGAAGCUGAAGAAAUGAAGAACAAGGCUGAGGAGUUGAAGAGCGAAGCAGAAGCCACCAGAAUCGCACUUGAAGAAGCAGAGAAGAAGCUGAGGGUUGCUUUGGAAGAGGCUGAGGAAGCCAAGUUGGCAGAGACAAGGGCUCUAGAUCAGAUCAAGACACUGUCUGAGAGAACAAAUGCUGCACGUGCUUCAACCUCUGAGUCUGGUGCCAAUAUCACAAUCUCAAGAGAAGAGUACGAAGCUUUGAGCCGGAAAGUUGGGGAAUCUGAAUCUCUGGCAGAAAUGAAAGUGGCUGCUGCCAUGGCUCAGGUUGAAGCUGUAAAGGCUAGUGAAAACGAGGCUCUCAAUAGGUUUGAGGCAAUACAGAAGGAGAUUGACGAUAUGAAGGCUGCAACUCAGGAGGCAGUGAAGAGGGCAGAGAUGGCUGAAGCAGCCAAGAAGGCAGUCGAGGGAGAACUUCGAAGGUGGCGUGAACGAGAGCAAAAGAAGGCAGCUGAAACUGCAUCUCGGAUUUUAGCAGAAACAGAAAUGUCGAUAGAAUCAUCACCGCACCAUUAUAGAAUUCAAAAGCAAAACCCAGCACCAAAGAACGUUAUUGAGGUCCGGAAAUUGGAUAAAGAGAAGAAUUCUGCAUCUAAGAAAGCACUUUUGCCUAAUCUCAGUGGUAUCUUUCAGCGAAAGAAGAACCAGAUUGAAGGUGGGCCUCCUUCUUACCUGCCCGGUGAGAAGCCUGUCUGACAUUUGUGCUUCCGAGACCGAUGUGUGAUUGUGAAUGGUUAAGAGAGAGCAUUGUUUAUGAGUUGAUUGUGUGUGUAUAUUUGGAACUCUACUGGAAUCAAUUUUUCUUUAUUCUCUGGCCAGUUUAAGGAAAAACGAGUGAAUAUGAAAAGAGAUUAGCAUGGAAGCAAGUUUAGGAAAGUGUGAUUUUUUUGUAUAUGAGACAAGUUAUUAGAUUAAUGAUUGAGGAUCUUCAGUAGGAAAGAAAUUCUUCCUUUUAAGGUUGUGUAGAAGUGGCGGAUGGAGACCAAAAAGGGUUGGCUUUUAAAACUUGGGGAUGGGGGGGUGGGGGGGCUUGACAAGAUUUUUGGGCACUGGUGAAGACCUCGCAAUGAUGCUCUCUGGGUCUCGUUGAAACUGUCAUCUGACUAGAAAUGGAGUGAACGAAAGCCUAUUUGUAAGAAGGGUCAUGCCCUGAAAAACUGAACUUAUCAUUGUUUCUUUGAUUUUAAAGCAACGGUUCGAUGAUGGAUCAUUAUCAGGUUUUCUUGGUGCAA